UGCAAAAAGUUGCUUCUAUCUAACCCAAAACUCAUUACAGGAAGCAGAGUGAUAUUCCCGCCAAAGCUUGAGAAGCUGAUGAAAUGACCGUUGGAAGAAACCUGUUCAAACCAGUAGCUUCCAUCACCUUUUUCUCUCUCCAAAAACGCCUCAAAUCCCAUAAAUCUCUCUUCAAAUCCCCGCCAAAAAUCUGCUCCAAUGUCGAAUUUAGGUCUUCCCGAGAUUUCAACUCUGAUGAAAGAGAUCUAAACACAUUAAACCUAAACCACCCAAUUCUCCAAAAAGUAGACGAAUGUUGUAAUCUUGUACAAUUCAAUCAAAUUCAUGCUCAACUUAUCAUCUUAGGCCUCUUUCAUCACCCCCUCGCCGCCAGUCGCGCUAUAAAGAAACUAUCUUCUCUGCCUCAUGCCUUAAACCACGCUGUUUCGCUCCUCGAAAAGCUUGAAGAAGUUGAUGCUUUUAUGUGUAAUACCAUUAUUAGAAGCUAUUUGAAUCAGGGUGACCUAGAAAGUGGUCUUGUAUUUUAUUAUAAUUAUGUAAUUGGUGGGUGUAUUGUGCCUAACCAUUAUACUUUUCCCAUGAUAAUUAAGAUUUGUGUUGAUCUUGGGUCGGCUGUGGAUUGUGUAAAGGUUCAUGGCAGUGUAUUGAAAUAUGGGUUUGGUUCGGAUUUGUUUGUUAAAAACUCGUUAAUUCGUAUGUACUCUGUGUUUGGAAGAAUAGAGGAUGCAGAGAAGGUGUUUGAUGAAAGUUCUGAGCGUGAUUUGGUGACUUGGAAUACCAUGAUUGAUGGGUAUGUAAAAAAUGAACAGGUGGGUCUUGCUCGCAAACUGUUUGAUGAAAUGCCUGUGAGAGAUGUCGUUACUUGGAACUCGAUGCUUGCUGGCUAUGUUGGGGUUGGGAAUAUGGAGGCAGCAAUUGAGUUUUUUGGGGAAGUGCCUUAUAGAGAUGUUGUUUCUUGGAAUUGCUUGAUUGACGGGUGUGCUAAGAUGGGUGAUGUCUUGGCUGCUCGUGAGUGUUUUAAUCGAAUGCCUAUACGUAGUGUGGUUUCUUGGAAUACCAUGUUGGCUCUUUAUGUACGAAGUAAGGAGUAUGAUGAGUGUGUGGCAUUGUUUGAUAGGAUGGUACAAGGAGAAGCUGAGCCUAAUGAAGCUACUCUUGUGAGUGUCCUAACAGCUUGUGGCCAUUUAUGUAGGCUAGAUCGAGGUAAGUGGGUCCAUCGUUACAUAGAAUGUAAUAAGAGGAUUAAGCCUGAUGUUUUGCUUUCAACGUCUCUUUUGACAAUGUAUGCGAAGUGUGGGGAUAUGGAUUUGGCUAAAGACGUCUUUGAUAGUAUGCCUGAGAAGAGUGUCGUGUCUUGGAACUCUAUGAUCAUGGGCUAUGGUUCACAUGGUCUUGUUGAUAAAUCCCUUGAAAUGUUUCUUGAGAUGGAGAAACGAGGGCAAGUACCUAAUCACACCACUUUUGUCUGUGUUUUAGCAGCGUGUGCCCAUUCAGGCAAGGUCUUAGAAGGUUGGUGGUAUUUUGAUGUCAUGCAAAGAGUUUACAAGAUGGAACCAAAGGUUGAGCAUUAUGGCUGCAUGGUUGAUCUCCUUGGGAGGGCUGGUUUGCUGAAAGACACAGAAGAGCUAGCAGAGGAGAUGCAUAUGAAGGGAGGAUCUGCAUUAUGGGGUGCCCUACUUUCAGCUUGUCAUACACAUUCGAACAUACAGCUUGGGGAGUCUGUUGGACAGUGGCUGAUUGAGCACGAACCUGAAGAUGUUGGCGCUUAUCUGUUAUUAUCAAACAUAUAUGCUGCACAAGGGAGAUGGGAUGAUGUCGACAAAGUGAGGAAACUUAUGAAGGAGAAUGGUUUGCACAAAGAAGCAGGGUACAGCAAGUCCUGCUUUGGGAUAGAUGAAAAAGACUGCCCAAAAGAUGGUUCAUUCCAUCGAAGAACUAUGAUUUACACCAUGUUGAGACAAAUGAGUUCUCAAGUUAAGCUGUCAGAAAUUAGCACAGCAGGGUAGUGUGAUACGUGUUGGGAGAUAGGGUAGUAUUGUGAUAAAUGUCAAGAAGCAGAGUCCCAGACCAUGAUGGCAUAGAAGCAUCAAAGGAAGAUCAAUCCUACAAAUAGUAGCACGAGUGUGUUUGAGUUUGACAGUUUGAAGCAAAGGUACAUAUAAUUGUACUGAAGGGGAAAAACAACAAAAAAUAAGACAAAGUGAGGUCAAGUGAAGACAGUCCUUUUGCCUAGUGUAAGGCUGCAUAUGUGACACCUCCUUUACCUUGCCAUGGGCAGGAAUCAGGAUCCUCUUCUGAUGUACUGUUAGUUGGCUGUAAUGAUUUAAAUUUGCUUGUAAUAGA